UGCAGUUUUGAAUACUCCGGUAAAAUUAUUGUAAACUGUUCGCCAUGUAUUACAUUAAACUCAACCUCAAGAUUUCCAAUUCACUCGAAAAAGUGCUGUCAAAAUAUUUUCAAUAUUUUUUGGAAGUAAUUGUUGAAAAUUUUAAACGUGUGUGUCUCCUCAAAAUUAAUGUUUUAAAUUAAAAAAAAAAUUAUUUGUACUACACUCCAUCCGCCACCGAUCGGCGCAAGCAGUCAACAUUUCGUGUCAUGAUCAAAUCCGAUGGGCAGCGGAGAAAGUCGACCUCGCUGCAGAGCGGCCUGUGCCAAAACCAGCUGUUGCAACAGCAGAAGACGCCACCAUAGAAGCCGCAGAGCGAAAACUAAUGAUCCUUGCUACUAUUGCUAUCCAGAGUGUUGUCCCACUUAUCCCGAAUUUACGCUCUCCACCAGCGGCAUUUGCUACGUACAGUGCGACUUUUGCUGCCAAAUCUAUCCCUGCUGUUGUGCGCAAUGUCCCAAUUGUGGUUGUACGAGAGUUAAGUGCAAGUCCAAAGAGGUAGAAAUUCCGCCGAUAGCGUUUUGUCCUUGCUGCCGCCAGGAGGCGCCAAAAGCCAACGGACUACAACAUCUUUAUACACCCAAUCCCUGUUGCGCGUGUCAAUGCGCAAGCGCAGACCAAGAACAAAUCGCCAAAUGCUUAUUGCGCUCGUAUAAACUGUCGCGUGGCAAAGGCCGAAAAUGUUGUCAGUGCAAGCAACGAAAAAGGGAAAAAAGGGGCACACAAAACAGGGAACGAAGUAAGAGCAAGAGUAAGAGCCUUCAUUACCCGGCUGAGCAAAAAGCCCAUCCCUCCACUUGUAAGCCCGGCACAAGUGCCGCCUGUUGCUCACCACCACAGCGCGCAGAUAAUUGUUGUUGCGAGCGCAGUAAAGCAUCGGUGCCCCCAAUUGCAGCGAACCUGAAGGACAGCGCUAUACAAACACAACAAAAACAAAGCCAAUGUGCGCCUGCGCCGUCUAGUAAAGUCGAAUGUCAACGAAGUGUUGAGACUUCUUCUCCUAGUAGUAAAGCACGAAAGAUACCUCGCACUGCAAAUAAUCCAUCUCAGUUGUGUUGUCCUUGUGGUCGUGAAGUCGAAAUCCGGAAUAUAACUUACGAACUGCCUGUUUGUCGGGCCGAUGAUGGAAGCGGUCGUCGCCAGCAGUAAGCGCACAAAACUUUCACAAAAUAUAUAUGUAUUUGGCGCUUUGAAGACACUCCUAAUAUGCAACGAAAAAAUCGUAAAACAACAAAAACUUUCGAAUGCAACUGCGCUCCGUUGAGUAAUGGGAUGUAGAAGUAGUUGUCCAUGCCGGAAUGACAGGCGACGUGGUAGAAGUCAUGGAUCGAGAAGUUCAUACGAUCAUUCAAGUCGCAGUUCGCAGCGCCAACGUUAUCCCACGAGUCAACCAUGCGAGAGAACACGAACGCCCGCGCGUAGACAACCAAAACAGGAAUGUUGCUGUAAUACCGUAAAUCUCUCAUAUCAAUAUCCGCAACAACGCCAAUAUCCAAGUCCACAACAAACGCAGUCGGAUUGUUUUACAGACAUUUCGGAUAUGCUCUCACAAUUUUCGAAUGUUUCGGAAAUGCCGCAGUCCAAUAUGGAUUGUUGCAGCAACACCACUCAAGGCGAACGCGGCUAUGAAAGCGAAUGUGAUUGUGACAAUGUGGUGCAACGAAAAGAUGAUGUUGGUUGUAAAACGGUGGUUUGUCUCACCUUCCAUCCGCCGCGACGGAGGAAGAACUGUUAAUUGAUGUAGUGACCGCAGCUCGACUUUAUCGACACUUAAUCGCUAAAAAAUUUCUACAAGCGCGAGAAACCCGGAAGAAUCGAGUAACAAGGUACCGGAAAUAUAAGAGGUGAUGUAAGGAAUCAUAGCACCAUGGGCAUAAUGCAAACCUGCACUCAUAGAUAUUCAACUAUCAUACAUUCAUCGACAAAAAUGUCACUUUAAAGCGAAGCUCAGUGAAAGCGAGUAACACUUUAUAAUGGCACUUUUGUGGUGAUUCUAUGUGGAUGUGUCUUAUUUCUCAUAUAUGCGCAUCCGUAUGUAAUAGACAUAGUUAUCGAAGUUUAUCGUGGCAAUAUCUCAACGCAAAUGUACUGGAUACAACAAUAAAAUUAUACUUAAAUUGUAAUCAAAUGAAUCACACAAUAAAUACAUAAAUACCAUA